GCUCCGCGUCUCCUCGCUACAAAACGAGGCCGGCUGGAGCCUGGUGGCGGAAGAGAGAGACCGGAGAGAGAGAGAGAGAGAGAGAGAGAGGCGGCCUUCCCUCCACAGCCCACAAAGUUCUUCUCUGCUUUUGUCUGGCUCUGGUCGCGUCUGCUCCUUUGGCUUUCAGAUCCCGGUGAGACUUCUGCUGGAAAGGAGAGUGAAAAAGAAAAUGGGUGUCGGGAACGGAUCAGCAGACGUGAGCCAGCAGAUGUCGCGCAAUGAAAUACGAGAUGAGACUACGCCGCUUCUUCCGGUCAAGGUGGAGGAGGAGGGAUUCCAUGAGUUUAAUGGAGCUUCAUUCUCCGGGGCAGUUUUCAAUCUCUCGACAACCAUCGUUGGUGCUGGAAUCAUGGCCUUGCCUGCCAGCAUCAAGAUGCUGGGCCUCAUUCCUGGCCUUCUGAUGAUCGUCUUUGUGGCAUUGCUCACAGAGGCGUCCAUUGACAUGCUUAUCAGGUGCAGCCACCAAGGAAAGAUCACGUCAUAUGGGUGGCUGAUGGGUGAGGCAUACGGACAAUGGGGAAGGAUUGCGUUGCAGGCUUCUGUGGUUAUAAACAACAUCGGUGUGAUGAUUGUUUACAUGAUUAUCAUUGGCGAUGUAUUAUCUGGAACGUCAUCAGGCGGUGUUCAUCAUCGUGGCAUAUUGGAGGGCUGGUUUGGAGCACAUUUGUGGAAUUCUCGUGCCAUUGUUCUUCUUGUGACAACUCUUUUUGUGUUUGCUCCGUUAGUGAGCUUUAAACGACUGGAUUCAUUGAGCUACACAUCUGCACUAUCAGUUGCUCUCGCUGUGAUUUUUGUUGUUAUUACUGCUGGGAUUGCCAUAAUCAAAGUCUUCAAUGGAACUGUAGCAAUGCCCAAGCUUUUUCCAGAAAUAGACAGUCUUAGUUCUGUCUGGAAGCUUUUUACAGCUGUACCUGUCCUUGUCACUGCCUACAUCUGCCACUAUAACGUUCACAGCAUUGACAAUGAGCUUGAGGAUAAAACACAAACUAAACCAAUUGUGCGAACAUCGCUGGCACUUUGCUCCAGUGUUUACAUUGCCACAAGUUUCUUUGCUUAUCUUCUCUUUGGAGAGGGUACACUGGAUGAUGUGCUCGCCAACUUUGAUUCAAAUCUUGGCAUUCCGUUCAGCUCUGUCUUUAAUGACAUAGUCAGAGUGAGCUAUGCCGCCCACGUCAUGCUUGUCUUCCCAAUCGUCUUCUUUGCCCUUAGGCUCAACUUGGAUGGGCUACUCUUUCCCACGUCGAGGCACAUUUCUCAUGACAAUAAGAGAUUUACAAUCAUAACCAUCUCACUCCUUGUGGUUAUUUAUACUGCUGCCAUCUUCAUACCAAGCAUUUGGGAUGCAUUUCAGUUUACUGGUGCCACAGCUGCCGUCUUGAUCGGUUUUAUCUUUCCUGCGAUGGUCAUAUUAAGGGAUCCGUAUGGAAUCGCAACCAAGCGCGACAAGAUCUUGGCUGUAACCAUGAUUGUGCUUGCUGUUGUCUCAAACUCUGUUGCCCUAUACAGUGACGCAAUGAACAUCUUCCGUCGGAAAGAGGUAGCCUAAAUUUCAGACUUCGAAGUUCAAAGGAAGGGUGUCACUGAUGAGGAAGCACAGUUUCAUAUUACAAAAUUCAGUGGCUUUGGAGGAAGAUGGUUUGCUGGGAUGCUGUAAAGCAAGAUGAUUGCUUGGUCAGCAACUCAGCAUUGAGACCUGUCACAUGGAAGAAUUGGAUGGUUGAAAUUGUCAGGUCUUGUGUAUAUAAGCUGGCUCAACGUCGAAUUGAGCCACUUGCAAUAUAUGUAUGUUCUUUUUUUGGCGCGAAUAUAUGUGCCCACCCCAGAUAGAAAAGAAAGCAUUGCUGCAGAAAAGCUUGCUCUAGAAUUAUGUACAGUGUUCCUAGUAUUUGAGUUGAGUUAAAUAUGUUUCAUUCGAACCUAAACUUGAGGUUCCGAAUAAAAAUGAAGUGGCCAUUGUUACCA